AUGGGGCUGCCCAUGGCGACUCUCUUGGCGCGGCGUGGUGUGCGUCUGUGCGUCUAUGACCCUCUAAAACCCCGAGCCGUACAGUACGUUACGCAGUUCGGCGCAGUCCCCGCUUGUUCCGUGGAGGACCUCGGCUGCAAACUGCGAGAGUCGAUUUUCUCGUCGAAUCCAGAGUUGCGAGCUCGCGGAACUGAAGCGCGCAGACAACAGGACGACGCGAAGACUCGAAUGCAGGCGUCAGACCCCUUACGCGAGCGCCGCCAUCCGUUUCUCGCCAUGUCUUCUGAGUUUCCCCAUCCCGUCGCUCUUCAGAACGAGGCGCAUCCGGGCGAGACGAACGAAGGCGCUACGCCGACCUUGGCGCGACAGAGUGGUGGAGAAAGAUCGCCGUUCGGCCUCGUCGUCUGCAUGCUGCCGACAGGACGUCACGUCGGAGAGGUUCUGUUUUCCAAGCACGGGUUGCUAGACGCCCUCGAUGGACAUGCAUGCGCGAAGAACGUGGAAGCCCCCGGGACGUGUCGUGCGCUCGUUAUCGACUGUAGCACUAUCGGACCUUUGCAGGCUGCCGAGGUUGCCGCAGGAGCGGAGCGCCGAGGUCAUCACUUCGUCGAUGCUCCAGUGUCUGGCGGCGUCCCAGCUGCUACUGCCGGUACUCUCACCUUCAUGGUGGGAGGAUCGAGGAAUGAUGUCGCGAUCGCUUCGCCUCUUCUCCGUCUGAUGGGCUCACGAGUCGUGCACUGCGGCGAAGCCGUAGGCACGGGACAGGCCUUUAAGGUGUGCAACAACCUCAUCUUGGCUGCCUCCAUGCUGGGCGUGGCCGAGGCAUUUCGGCUGGGGGAGGCUCUUGGUGUCGAUCUCAAGCUUCUUAACGACGUGGUCAAUGCCUCUUCUGGCAGAUGCUGGUCGGCGGAGCAGUACAACCCUGCACCAGGGAUCGUGGACGGCGCACCAGCGAGUCGCGCGUAUGCAGGCGGCUUCUCAGUUGACUUAAUUGUGAAGGACUUAGUGCUAUGCCGAGACGCUUUCGAGGCUCACCCCCUGACUUGCCCCGUGACGGACGCGGCCCUCACGAUGUUCCGUUCGAUGUCUGACAAAGGCCACGGACACCUCGACAUCGGCUGCGCAUUCCGUCACAACACUUGA